AUGUCCGACACUUCCAUCCUCGCUCGCAUCCUCCUCUUCUGCCGCGCACUCCCCCUCUCCAUAUCCCAAACCCGCCAGCGACUAAUCAAGCAAUUCCUUCAGAUCCCGCUCGUAGUGCUCAGCAUGCUCGUCUUUAUCUGGUGCAUAAAUCUCUUCACCUCCAAACUUCCAUUCUCUUUUCCAGCAAGCGUGAUGUCUAUGCUCAUCAUCUUCUUUCUUCUCCUUCUCUCAUCAGCUACCCUCGGUCGAGCACGCACCAACAUCCCCCUGCAAUACCUCGAGCCCGCCAGUGACUUCCUCCUGAAAUGGAUCUCCAUGUUCUUCUGCCCGAGUUUUGUACUGCUCCCCGUGGAAGAGUCCUCCGUGUCGAUAGGGAGCAUCGAGUUGGUCAAGAUUGUACUCCUGUUCUUUGUCAGCUUUUUCCUGUUUAUUGUUCUGGCAUGGGCGAUUGUGACCCUGCUCACUUUCAUCUCCCCGUUCAAGUCCCGCGAGAAAGCAGACCAAGACGCAGACGACGGGAUAGGACUCGGGGACCCAAUCCCCGACUCUCCUCCUCCUGAGCCUACGUCGGGAGAGGCAUACGAACUCUCCACCUUCCGAGCACAAGAAGAGCACUCUAUGUCUCUCGGUUCAUUCCCAUCUCCCAAUCCAGGCCGCACGGAAACUCCUGUCCCCCCCUCCCCUGCCCUAUCCCGCACUCCUACUCUCCCCCGCCCUGCAGCUGCUGCGAUAAGAAAACAUCACGGUGUUCCCUCCCGCUCCACCCCCGACUUAGGAGCCGACGAAGCUGCGCUUGAAAGUCCCCUGAGCGGGAGUAGGAAAGGGAGCAUGUACGACCUACGUCAGGAUCGGUGGGAGGGGACUCCCCGCACCCUCUCAAGGAGUCAAAGUCAAGCAACGCUGGUCCCCUCAACUCCCAACUCCCACCCCAACGUCAACCCCAACGCUCCCAAGCCCAGCUUCUCCCAUAAUAUACUCCCCUCUGUGCCUCCAACAGCAGAACAACAACUAGCCGCCCGUCUCUCCCCCUGGCUCCCAACCCUCUUCUAUAGUCUCAUGUUCCUCCUCGGCCUGCCCCUCUUCUACUUGACCCCGCACACCACCCCCGGCCCUUCCCUCCCCCUCUUCCUCUCCCUGAACGUCCUCUCAUUCCUCUUCUCAGUCCUCCUCGUCCCGGCCCGUAUCCGUCGGUUCCUCCACCCGAUCCUCACCUGCUCCCUCCUCACGGCGCUCGGGAUCUGGGCACUAGGAGCCGUAAGAGGCUGGACUAUCCAGCAGAGCCUGGGUGCGUACAGCACCGGAAGUAGGUAUUUGGUGCUCUUUGACCCUACGCGGAGGGGGAAGGUAGCACCUCCUGGAGCGGGGGACGUGUUAUACUCCAUGCUAGACGCGAGUAUCGUCAGUCUCGCAAUCCCAAUGUACCGCUAUCGCGGGGAACUGAAAUGUCAUGCGUUUGAGAUGUUCAGCACAACAAUACCCCUUGCCGUGCUGAGCCUGUUUAUCUACCCUCUCGUGGGACGGGCACUAAAGCUGGCCCCGUCCCGCGGCCUCGCCUUCGCGGCUCGUAGCGUAACGACCCCCAUGGCGAUUCCUCUCGAAGCCUCAUUACACGGCGAUCCCGGCCUAACAGUGAUCUUCUGUAUCCUCACCGGCGUGCUCGGUGCCCUUGCCGGACCCUCCCUGCUCCGCCUCCUAAGGGUGAAACCAGAAGACUAUAUAACCAUAGGUAUCGUGCUGGGCUGUACAGCGAGCGCGAUCAGUACUGCUGCUCUGCUGGGGGAGAACCCGAGGGCGGCGGCGAUUAGCAGUUUGGCGUUCGUCUUGUAUGGAGUUGCAUGCGUGGGUUUGACGGCAGUGCCGCAGGUGGUGCAGGUAAUGCAGACGUUGGCGGGGAUGUGAGCCAGUGAAAUCAAAUUCGUAUGGAGGUACAGUGCAUGUCACCACCAUCUGGCUCUCGUCCUGUCUACUUAUUGUCAU